AUGUCCCUCCUGCUGAACAACCCUGCCGUGCUGACAAGAGCUCGAGAAGAAAUCGAUGCAUGCAUAGGGCAACCGGUGCUCCUACUCGCGGCCGCCGAUCUCCCAAAGCUGCACUACCUUUGGUGCAUCAUCAUGGAGACGUUCCGUCUAUACCCGCCAGCGCCACUUCUUGUCCCUCAUGAGUCCUCAACUGACUGCACGGUCAGCGGGUUUCACAUACCCAUGGGGACAAUGCUCCUAGUGAAUACGUUCGCAAUCCACAGGGAUCCUAAGCUAUGGGAUAGACCUACAAGCUUCAUCCCAGAAAGGUUCGAGGGUGGGAAAAGUGAAGGCAAGAUGUUCAUCCCAUUUGGUAUGGGAAGGCGACGAUGCCCAGCGGAGAACUUGGGCAUGCAGAUGGUAGGCCUUGCUCUAGGGACUAUGAUCCAGUGCUUCAAUUGGGAAAGAGUGGGAGAGGAUCUUGUGGACAUGGCCGAGGGAUCUGGUUUAACCCUGCCCAAAGAGGUGCCACUGGAGGCCUUCUAUGAAGCCCGUGCUUCCAUGGUUAAUCUGCUUUCGGAGAUUUAG